AUGGUUACGUCAUUUCCUGUAAGGAAUUCUGUCUCCCGGAGUUCUUUUUUAGCUUCUAAGAUUGUAUUAUCCGAGAGGACCAAAUUUCAUCAUAGGCCACUUGAAAUGGGGGACGUAGUGAACUCACUUGUUUUCUAAAUGUUGCCAAUUCAUGGUUCAGUCGCUGGAAUAUCGUACAGUCUCUUCCCUUUUGUAAGGUCGGCUUUGUCUCGGGAGCUUGGAUCUACAAGUGGAAGUCGCCGACAGUCCGCUCGGUGCGUGUCGGAGUUCUUUCAUCUGUUGCUUCAGCAUCGCGACAGAGGUAGGCCCCUGUAGGCCGCGGCCAUGCUGAGUUUCCUUCGGCGGACGCUGGGCCGGCGGUCCAUCCGCAAGCAGACGGACAAGGCCCGCCUCCGCGAGGCCCAGAGAGCCUCCACGCACAUCCCGGCCGCCGGCGACGCCAAGUCCGUCAUCACCUGCCGCGUGUCGCUGCUCGACGGCACCGACGUCAGCGUGGACCUGCCGAAAAAAGCCAAAGGUGAGGAGCUCUUCGACCAGAUCAUGUAUCACUUGGACAUCGUGGAGAAGGACUACUUUGGACUGCGGUUCAUGGACUCUGCACAAGUUCCGCAUUGGCUGGACAUUACGAAGAGUAUCAAAAAACAAGUCAAAAUCGGUCCUCCCUACUGCCUCCAUAUGAGGGUGAAGUUCUAUUCCUCAGAGCCCAAUAACCUUCAUGAGGAACUAACCAGAUACCUUUUUGUGUUACAACUAAAGCAAGAUAUUCUCAGUGGAAAGUUGGAGUGUCCGUUUGACACAGCGGUGGAGCUGGCAGCCUUCUCCUUGCAGGCUGAGCUGGGCGACUGCGACCCCGCGGAGCAUGCUCUGGACCUGGUGUCGGAGUUCCGCUUCAUGCCCGAGCAGACGGAGGACAUGGAGGUGGCCAUCUUCAACACCUGGAAGGAGUGCAGGGGCCAGACUCCUGCACAGGCAGAGAUUAACUACCUGAACAAGGCCAAGUGGCUGGAGAUGUAUGGAGUGGACAUGCACAUGGUCAAGGCUCGAGAUGGGAAUGAGUACAGUCUGGGCCUGACCCCCACGGGAGUCCUGGUGUUUGAGGGCGAGACCAAGAUCGGACUCUUCUUCUGGCCCAAGAUCACCCGUCUGGACUUCAAGAAGAGCAAGCUGACCCUGGUGGUGGUUGAGGACGAUGAGCAGGUAAUGCAGGAGACAGAUGAGGGGAAGGAGCAGGAGCACACCUUCGUGUUCCGCAUGGACCACCCCAAGGCCUGCAAGCACCUGUGGAAGUGCGCGGUGGAGCACCACGCCUUCUUCCGCCUGCGCGGCCCGGUGCAGAAGGGCUCGGCCCGGUCCGGGUUCAUCCGCAUGGGCUCCCGCUUCCGAUACAGUGGGAAGACCGAGUAUCAGACCACCAAGGGCAACAAGGCGCGGCGGUCGGCCUCGUUCGAGAGACGGCCCAGCCGACGGUACUCCAGGAGGACGCUGCAGCACAGAGCUUUCAGCAGAAACCAGGAUGCGCAGAAUAACGGAGUGGACCAGGAAAAAGCGACCAAGUCCCAAAUCCCGUGGUCCGCCCUGCCCGUGGUCUCGGCCCCGCCCGCCGCUGCGCCCGCCGCGCCCGGACCGCUGGAGAUCGAAGCCCUUCCCAGGAGCCCCGGAGCCGGCCAAUCAGAGAAAAGAGGCAAACCCCUUGUGGCUGAUUUGCUGGAAACCACGGACCUGUUGGAGACGUGCAUCGAUGAGGUCAUCAGAGUUCCAGUUCCCAUGGCAACGGCGGGCCUUCCAGAGGAAGCUGGAUCCAGUGCAGUUCCUGCGGCCUUCGGUGCCGCAGCGGCAGAGGAGAGUGUGUCUCUCUGCGACGCGGCGGCGCGGCUGAAGCAGCUGGAGCUCGAUAGCGCCCCCAUCUCGGCCGCGUCCAGAUCCAACAUCAACCUCAACAUGAACAACCAGGAGGACGUCGUGAAGCUGACGGAGAAGUGUCUGAACAGCGUGAGCAGCAGCCCCGUGCUCGCUCCGCUGCGCCCCCCGGAGGACCUCAAGAGUAACAUCCUGAAAGCCCAGGCGGAGGCUGCUCUCAAGGGCUCAAGGGAGGAACACAUAGUAACCGGGGAGAAGAACUGUAACGUUCAAGAGGCGGCGUUAAGGAAUAGGGGCCGCGGCGGGCGGCUGGGCAGCAGCUCCUCCCUCUCUGCCAGCGGCUGGACAGAGCGCCAGGAGUCACGAGACCUCCUGAAGCCAGGACCCCCGGCCCCCGCGGGCCCCAGCGACGAAUUGAAGGCCGAAGACCUCUUUCCCGCACUUGCCCCGAUCUCUGUCGAACCUGCUAUCGAGGCCCCACCCGCCAAGGCAAAACCAGAAGACCUGGAGCUCCUGAUCGCACCCGUGACCGAUAAUCUGAUAGACUUCACAGACCCCACCCCAGUAGUGCAGCCCAAACCGUUGAUUACUCCUCGAUGGAUCGUACCCACAGCUGCAAGCGGCAUCUUUACUAAUGGCCUUCUUGACCAUGACUGCUCGGGAAAGGCGUCCCCUCUCCACCCUGAAGGGGGCGCUCACACCGCCCAUCCGCAGCUCUCUCAAACUCACAAUGUGAUUGCGACCAGCACUGUCACGCCCUCGCCCAAGGAGGACGGCAUGAGAACCAAGCACCUGCUGACCACUGAGCUCUGAGACGGGCGCGGGAACGCCGCCCCCCCCCGGCCCGGGACACCGGCGUUUCGGGAAGGAAAGUCUGGAAUCUGGCGGGCGGCGAUCGCUGGAGACUCCCCGUCUCCGCCUUUUUCACUACAUUCCAAAAGGAUGGGAAUUUGGGAAGGAGCGUUUUGUUUUUUUUUGUUUUGUUUCGUUUAAUUUUGUUUUUAUUAAACUGUGAGCCACUGGAUUUUCUGCUAGACAUUUCAUCUCACUGCCCUUAGAGUAGAGGGUUCAGGAAUGUGGGGGUGUUUUGGUGCCUCUGGGGAUAAGAGGAGACCCCCCUCUGUAGCUGGACACCACCCCACUCAUAGUCCAGAAGGCCCCACACAUGGGCCAAAGCACUUAACCAGAAUCAGCUAACCUAGCCCUGAUCCCAGCCCCCCUACUGCUUCAUACUGUGCACAGAAUCUGAUCUAGAAUCAGCUAACGUAGCCCUGAUCCAAACCCCCUCCUGCUUCAUACUGUGCACAGAAUCUGAUCUAGAAUCAGCUAACCUAGCCCUGCUCCCAACCCUCUACUGCUUCGUACUGAGCGCAGAAUCUGAUCCAGGAUCAGUGACUGGGGGGUGUGGCCUAUAUGCCUGCUCCAAAAUACCCCCCCUUCCCCAUAUGACCCCAUUCAACCUGAGCCUGGAAUCACUGUGGAACAGCUGCUGGUUAUCAGUCCACCAGAUGGCUGUAUUACUGGAUGGGAUCACUGGAAUGUUAUUGGACUGAUCUGUACUGACACUUUUUAUAUGGCUAGUUUUUUUGUUUUAAGUGGUACUCACCUCUGUUGCUGACCCGAUGGUUAAGUACCGACCUGUCAGUACUGCACAUAUCGCUGUGUGAGUUCCUCAGCUGGACCAAGACGCUCGUGACACUGGAGAAACACGACCACAUGUUUGGGCACAUUGAGCCCUGAACAUUUUGUUUGUAAAAUGUAUGUUAUCUACACUGUAUGUUGAAUAUCAAUAGUUAAAACUGCCUUAUUUAGUGUUUUGUAUAAUCACAUAGCUGGAAACUGUGCUUAGCAUUACACUUUGAAGAAAGCUACUAAUUUUUGCUUGGAGUAAGCCCCACUGUGAGUGACAGCUGCCAUGUAGUCUGCAGCAUUAUGAGUCACUGUUUCCAUGUAGUCUGCAGCACUGUGAGCCUCUGUCUUCAUGUGGUCUGCAGCACUGUGAGCCUCUGUCUUCAUGUGGUCUGCAGCACUGUGAGCCUCUGUCUCCAUGUAGUCUGCAGCACUGAGUCACUGUCUCCAUGUAGUCUGCAGCAGUGUGAGUCACUGUCUCCAUGUAGUCUGCAGCAGUGUGAGUCACUGUCUCCAUGCAGUCUGCAGCAGUGUGCAGGGUUUCUACCCUCUGAUGGAGCGAGACGUUCAGAGUUCGGCCUCUGCGCAUUUUGGAAUUUUUUUUUUUUUUCUGAACUAUGAAAAAAAAACUGAGGAAACACUCAAUGGACCGGCGCAGCAGUCAGCUGACCCCGCCUGCAUGCUCUUGUGUUUGUGUGUGUGACGAUGCACAGCACAGCUCUCGCGACACACCAGACCACAAAAGAACUGGCACAAAGGAACUCUCUCUCACUUUCAGUUUUACUCUGAAAAAUGCUAAUCGCUCGACCAGAGGAACACGUUCUUGGAGGAAAAAUGUGAUGACCGCCAAAGCUGACCGCUGUAGGUUUCGGUUAACUGAACUGCAGGAGGACCCAAGGCUUCUCUGUAAUUUCAGGUCACUGUUUAUCCUUCCCUGACCCCACUUGAACUCUCUCAACAGGAAGUCAUCCAACAGGAAGUAUUACUCAGUGCGUGUAAGUCCAUUGAAGAUGACAGUUUCAGAGAAGCAGACGCUCUGAUAUCUGGCAUCUUUCCCAGAGGAGGGCUUCACGUGGUCAAGUCUUGUCAGUGGAUCUCCCUUUAAGGGCGACGUUUCCGUGGUGCUCUGCCGCGAGGCGGAGCCAGCGAUUCUUUCACUAGGGUUCUCCGCUGUGGUUCAGAGGUCAAAGGUCAACCCUUGCAGCAUUCAGUCACGUCCCGGUCAGCUCCUCCCACUGCUAGACCGUCAUCUCCCUCGUAACUGUAGCAACCCGUGGAGGUCCACACAGUUCUGUCUGCUGAGAAGAUUCCAGAAUAUCUUAUGUGUUGUGUUCUGGUUCUUCUUAAAUCAUCAUUCAGAGUUCAUCAAGGCCUGAUUAUAUUUUUCCUUUUUAAAAAAUUGUUUUCUCUAUGAAUUGCAUAAUUUUGAAUCGCCUGGCAAGAACAUGUUCCUCUUUUAAAGACAACAAAUCGGUCUGUAGGACUGGUGCUUGACCACGGCCACUAUGGUCAGUAUAUGGAAGUAACGGCUGAUUUUUUACAUUUUAUUUUUUUCUGUCUGUCUGUCUGUACUCUGAGGUGAGGAUUAUCUCCUAGUGAACAAUAGCACUGUUUAAGCUCUGGUUGUAGAACUUCACCAUGUAAGUGCAAUUUGCUGUAGGGCUCUAAUUUAUUUUUUCUUUUUUGUUAAGGUCACCCUGUCUCACUCUGUACAUUUAAGUGUAAUCUAGAUGUAAAGACUGCUUUAGAGAACACGGCACUGAUUUGUAUUUCCUUUGUAUAUUGAUCAAAAGUUUGGAACGUGUACUAGUAUGGUCGCAGCAAUUUUGUACAACGUAGAAUUUCUCCUAGUAAAAUGUCUUUUAGAAAUGCA